UAGGCUAAUUUAAGAAGAAAAACCCUACUUUCUCCCUCCCAAACCCCGCGCGUCCCUGUUUUCCUCUUCACACACGCACGCUCCGCCUAGCCGACCACCAAUCCAUAGACACACGGCUUCUCAAACACACUCUGAACUCGACGGCCACGCAAACUCCCGCCGACGGCGAAGCAUACAAACGUCGACUUGUUUCUCAAACUUCAACCAUUUGUUCCUGAUUUAGGCCGAGUAAGAUGCAUAUUUUAGGAGAUUUAGAGUGGAGAUAUACAUCAAGGUUCUCUUUAAAAAACUUGAGGACUGAUAAGUAAAGAUGAAGAAGAAAAGCUCGGCCCCUCCUAAAGGGGCAAAGAAGGGGAAGAAUUUUCCACUCAGUAAGGACCCGUUCUUCAGUUCUGAAUCAAGGAAACGAAGGAAGAUUGUUGAUGAUGAGAUUGAAAGCGGUGAGUCAGACGAGGAUAAUGGGUUAGUGGGUGUUGAGGAUGAGGAGUUUGAGGAAGAAACUGUUGAUGAGAAAAGGAAAAGAGUAGCAGUUGAAUACUUGGAGAAAAUUCGGGAAAUUGCAAAUAGAGAAAAGGAGAGGGGCGAUGAAGAAAAGGAUGAGGAUGAGAGUGACGAUGAAGGCGAAAAAGAUUCGCUUGUAGCACAAAUUCUUCAGCAAGAGCAACUCGAAGAUAGCGGAAGGCUUCGGAGAGAAAUUGCAUCAAGGGUUCAGAAGCCAGUAGCUAAAGAUGAAUUUCAGUUCUUGAUUAAGCACAGACAAUCUGUUACAGCUGUUGCUCUAUCUGAGGAUGAUUUGAAGGGGUUUUCAUCGUCCAAGGAUGGUACCAUCUUACACUGGGAUGUAGAAAGUGGUAAAGGGGAAAAAUAUCAAUGGCCUAGUGAUGAAGUAUUGAGAUUGCAUGGUGCUAAGGAUCCCCAAGGUCGGGCUACAAAGCAUAGUAAAGUCACUUUGUCGUUAGCUGUCAGUUCUGAUGGUCGAUACUUAGCUAGUGGAGGCUUAGACCGCCAUGUGCAUAUAUGGGAUACUCGUACACGAGAGCAUAUUCAGGCAUUUCCUGGUCAUAGAGGUCCUGUUUCGUGUUUGACUUUCAGGCAAGGGACUUCAGAACUUUUUUCUGGUUCAUAUGAUCGAACUGUCAAGAUAUGGAAUGUGGAUGACAGAGCUUAUAUAAAUACAUUGUUUGGUCACCAAAGCGAAGUAUUGGCUAUCGAUUGCCUACGGAAAGAAAGAUUACUGACUGUUGGACGUGAUCGGAGUAUGCAAUUAUGGAAGGUUCCAGAGGAGUCCCGUUUAGUAUUUCGUGCUCCUGCAUCAUCCUUAGAAAGUUGCUGUUUUAUAAGCAAUGAUGAAUUCUUAUCUGGAUCAGAUGACGGCAGUAUUGAGCUUUGGACUGUUUUAAAAAAGAAGCCUGUUUUUAUUGUGCGAAAUGCUCAUUCUUCUUCAUCAUCUUCCACAAAUUUGGAGCUGAAGGAAAAUGGAGUCAUCCCCAAUGGUUGUAUGGGAAAUGGGGAUACCAAUCAUAAUACCUCUCAUAAUUUGUCAGCAUAUUCUUGGAUAAGUUCAGUCUCAGUAUGUAGAAACAGUGACCUUGCUGCAUCGGGUGCCGGUAAUGGUUCUGUUCGUUUAUGGGCUCUCACAAGUGAUAAGAAAGAUGUUCGACCAUUAUACGACCUCCCUCUGGUUGGGUUUGUGAACUCCUUGACCUUUGCCAACUCUGGAAGGUUUGUGGUGGCUGGAGUUGGGCAGGAACCUCGUCUUGGAAGGUGGGGGCGAAUCCCAGCUGCUCGGAAUGGAGUUGCAGUUCAUCCUCUUAAGCUCUCAUGAGACUGAACUGAAGAGGUUAUAUAAUACCCAAACCAAUUUUGACCUCUCCAAGUUUCCCUCUUUGUUUCUUUAUGUAUUUUUUUUUAUUCACUCACUUGCCUAACUGAGUUUUUCCCGCAUUUUGCUCAUGGUAACAAUAGUCAAAUUAGAGCAAUUCAUAUUUCUCACUAAGAAGGGUGAGUUUGAAAAGCCAUUGUGGGCUUAAAACUACCCAAAGAGAUGAAUUACAAAGAUAGAUUAUGUUUAUAAUCAAAUGUGCUAGUCAAGUUUUUA